AUGCCAAACCUCUUUUUCACUCCAAUUCUCAACCCCCCUCUAGCAUGUACGACCACUCUUGUUGCUGGCAAGCCAAUCCGCUUCUAUGCCUGUAUGGAAAUCACAACAGACAACAGCGUGGUCAUCAACCCUGAUGAACGGUUCGCAUUGAUGAUGUGGUACACUGUGAACGGCCGCGGCGCAUCGCGAUCCGCGUUGUUCAGAGAGAUUACAGCUUCUGAUGAAGAUAUUGUUAGAUUGUUCUACGUUCAAGGGAGUGACAAAACCGCGAGUAAUAUCAACUUGCGAAGAGAUCUCUUCGUUUUAGAUUUGGAUUAUGAUUGUGACCAGGGGCCAUUGCAAUUUUGUCUGAAUUACCGCUACUCAGACGGACCUUGGCUUCGUGCUGGCUCCCGUAUAGGUUCUGCCGAUGGCCGCAUCAUUUUCCAGAAAAAAUCAGAACAUAUUAUGCAUCUCUCUGAUCUAUUCAUUCCUCUUGGGAGAGAUGCCCAUAAAUGGGAUGCAAAACUAGUAGUAGAGGACGGCGGAGAAUCUCCUCGGGUUUGGAAUAUGACACACAAAAUAAGCACAGAGGAUGCUAUUGCCGAGGUAGCAAUAGGGAGACCAAAAUAUCUUGAGCAGUUUAUGGCAUUAGUUAAGAUUGCACCGCCAUGGAUUGGACCUAUUCAUGGAAGAACUAGUUUCGAUGUCUCGAAAGAUGCCGCCUUGGUGCUCUUCCAGCGGAGCUACGAUGGAAAACAUGUAGCGGUUCUUCCGGUUUCUGGACUUGGAUCUGGGAGCGCCUAUGUUACAUCUUGUGCAUCUGGAGAUGGCUCUAUUGUCAUCCGUGGAAAGAAUGAUGGUGAGGGGCCUAUAUCUGAGAGGAAGGUCCAGGUUAUUAUCGCAGUUUCGAAUGACCCUUUCAAGACGGUCGCAGCCGCUACGAACUAUUUAAAGAAACUGAUUAUGGAUAGUCGGGGUUUCGAGUCUACAUUGAUUGACCAGUGGUCGAAAUUAGAACUGGAAGGCGAGGAUAGGACAGCGUGGGAAGAUGGCUUGAGUUAUUGUACUUGGAAUGGGAUAGGUGCUGAUCUGAGCGAGGAUAAAAUUCUCAAAGCACUAGAUGAACUGGAGAGAGCAGGGGUUAGGAUCGGAAACCUAAUCAUCGACGAUAACUGGCAAUCAACCCCUCCAAGAUCUUACACUUGUAGUGGGACAUGGACAUCAUUCGAGGCUAAUGAAAAGUUUCCUGGCGGUCUGAAAAGCCUUGUUGAAAAGAUUCGGGCUAAGUGGCCAUAUAUUAGACACAUAGGGGUCUGGCAUGCACUGCAUGGAUACUGGGAUGGGAUUACCCCUGGAGGCGCCAUUGCAAGUGCCUACAAGACAGUUCAACUAGGGUGGAGAGACAACGUGAAAUCAGUGGAAAGAAAGCUAACAUUCGUUGCCCCAGAAGAUGUUGGGAGAUUUUAUGAUGACUUCUACAAGUUCCUGAGUAGUUGCGGUGUUGACGCUGUAAAAACAGAUGUUCAAUGCCGUAUCGACGAGCUAGUGGAUGGGAAUGAGACUGCUAAGAUGGCAAGGGCCUAUCAAGAUGCUUUCAAGAAGAGCAGUAUUAAGUAUUUCGAUCGAAGGGCAAUUUAUUGCAUGUCUCAUGUGCCGCAAAUUCUUUAUCAUUCCCUACUCCCAGAUGACAAUAAGCCCGUUUUCUUUAGAUCAUCUGAUGGUGAACAUGAUGUGGACCUCAUCAAUUCUAUGGUUUCACCUUCCCCGGCCAACCGUACGCCUCGUGCACUGAGGCCCUCGAGAAUGGCCAUGGCUAGUGACCCAUACGUUAGUUAUCAUGCGAGUAAACUGCUUCAAGUAAACAAUACGCACAAGCAUUCGUCGUUGCUGGGGGUAUUUAAUAUCUCAACUAUGGCACUGACAGAGCUCAUAAAUAUGAAAACCAGCUUUCAUAACCUUGAUCAACAAAAAGAGUACGUGAUCCGUGCGCAUACUACAGGGAGGAUCACUGAACCAAGGGGGAUCCUGGACUGCGAGGACUCUUUAUUUGUUGUUUCUCUUGAACCGAGUGAAUGGGAAAUCUUUACUGCAACACCGGUAGAGGCUGUGAAGGUUAAAGAAAACAUCAUCAAAGUUGCGGCAUUAGGAAUCAAAGAAAAUAUCACGGGAGUCGCUGCAUUGAGAGACAUUAGAGUGUAUAUUGGGGAUGGCGAGAAUACAGUGACUAUACAGGCAGAUGUCUGUGCACUUGGCGUGCUGGUGUUCUAUAUCUCCGACAUCGCCAAGGAUCGUACCCUGGAACGAAUUCGCGUCCACGUUGGCAGGAAAACUCUCCCAAAAAGAGUUUACUCGUUCGUAGAUUCGACACUGGAGAUAGAUUUGUUGAAUGCCUGGAAGGAUAUGGGUAUAAGUGAAGGGCAUGACGAAAGUGAGGAAGUAAUCACCGUCUCGGUUGAAUUAUCUUGA